GGCCUUGGCCCAUCCCUGACUCCCACCUCCAGUGUGCUCCCACCCUGCUCUGUGGAGGACCCUCUUCCUAGAGACCUCUCCGUGUUCCACCUCAUUCCAAGGCUCUGGAACGGCAUCUCCUACUGUCCAACGCCUCGCAUCCCUCUCUCCCAACCGUUUUGGGUCAAAUCUGAGAGACUCUCCUUGUAGCGGAGGCCCUGGCCCCAGGACUUCUAGACCGCAUGACCUGCCCCUCAGUUCACAGCAGCCCAGCUAAGGAAGCCCAGAACAGGAAGUGCCGAGGCAGAGGGUGGGGAGGGACUCCCAGGAGAGGAGCCCAGCCCCCUGGGCAGAAGAAGCUAUAGCAGCCCCCUAUUUCAGACAGAGGAGGAGGCUCAUUUACAAGGCAGAUCGGCCAGAUCCCUGCCUGAGGCUCUGAGUCCCGCAUCCAGCCACUGCCACCCUUGCAGGCUAUAAGAGCAUGCUGACUUCCGGACCGGUGCCGGGCGGGUGCCAUGUGAGCCCAGUCUAGCUUCCCCUCCUGUUCACCCUCCUUCCUUCCCUCCUGUCUGCUGGUAUUUGCCCAACCUCUCCAAAGAGGGACACUGGACAUCAUGUCACUGCUCAACCCUGUCCUGUUACCCCCUACCGUGAAGGCGUAUCUGAGCCAAGGGGAACGCUUCAUCAAAUGGGACGACGAAACUUCAAUUGCCUCCCCAGUUAUCCUCCGUGUGGAUCCCAAGGGCUAUUACUUAUACUGGACAUAUCAGAGUAAGGAGAUGGAGUUUCUGGAUAUCACGAGCAUCCGGGACACUCGCUUUGGCAAGUUUGCCAAGACACCCAAGAGCCAGAAACUCAGGGAGGUCUUCAACAUGGACUUCCCAGAUAACCACUUCCUGCUGAAAGCCCUCACGGUGGUGUCGGGCCCUGACAUGGUGGACCUCACCUUCCACAACUUUGUCUCUUACAAGGAGAACGUGGGCAAGGAUUGGGCCGAGGAUAUACUGACUCUCACCAAACACCCGAUGACAGCCAAUGCUCCCCGCAGCACUUUCCUGGACAAAAUCCUGGUGAAGCUUAAAAUGCAGCUCAAUCCGGAAGGAAAGAUUCCCGUGAAGAAUUUUUUCCAGAUGUUUCCUGCUGACCGCAAACGCGUAGAAGCUGCCCUCAGUGCUUGUCACCUUGCAAAGGGCAAGAAUGACGCUAUCAAUCCUGAGGACUUCCCAGAGUCUGUAUACAAGAGCUUCCUCAUGAGUCUCUGUCCUCGGCCAGAAAUUGACGAGAUCUUCACUUCUUACCACGCUAAAGCUAAACCCUACAUGACCAAGGAGCACCUGACCAAAUUCAUCAACCAGAAGCAGCGAGACUCUCGCCUCAACUCCUUGCUCUUCCCACCGGCCCGGCCUGAGCAGGUGCAGGCCCUCAUCGACAAGUACGAGCCCAGCGGCAUCAAUGUGCAGAGGGGCCAGCUGUCGCCGGAGGGCAUGGUCUGGUUUCUCUGUGGCCCAGAGAACAGUAUGCUGGACCACAAUGCACUGCUGCUCCACCAGGACAUGACACAGCCCCUGAAUCACUACUUUAUCAACUCCUCCCACAACACCUACCUGACAGCUGGCCAGUUUUCAGGCCUCUCCUCGGCUGAGAUGUACCGCCAGGUGCUGCUGUCUGGCUGCCGCUGUGUGGAAUUAGACUGUUGGAAGGGAAAGCCCCCCGAUGAGGAGCCCAUCAUUACCCAUGGCUUCACCAUGACCACAGAUAUCUUGUUCAAGGAAGCAAUUGAGGCCAUCGCAGAGAGUGCCUUUAAGACCUCCCCCUAUCCUGUCAUCUUGUCAUUUGAAAACCACGUGGACUCACCCCGCCAACAGGCUAAGAUGGCAGAGUACUGCAGGACCAUGUUUGGAGACACCCUACUCACGGAACCCCUGGAAAAAUUUCCUCUGAAACCUGGCAUCCCUCUGCCCAGCCCUGAGGACCUCCGGGGCAAGAUUCUCAUUAAGAAUAAGAAGAACCAGUUUUCUGGUCCAGCAUCCCCUAGCUCCCCUGAUGAGCAGAAGCCUAGUGGGGAGGCUGAGGGCAAUAGCCCAUCUAGUGUCCCCAUAGAGGACGACACAGUGUGGACCGGUGAGGACCGGACUGAGGCAGAGGAGGAGGUGGACGAGGAGGAAGAGGAAGAGUCAGGAAGCCUGGACGAAGAAGAGAUAAAGAAGAUGCAGUCGGAUGAGGGCACAGCAGGCUUGGAGGUGACAGCUUAUGAGGAAAUGUCCAGCCUGGUCAAUUACAUCCAGCCCACCAAGUUCAUCUCCUUUGAGUUCUCUUCACAGAAGAACAGAAGUUACGUCAUCUCUUCCUUCACGGAGCUCAAGGCCUAUGAGCUGCUCUCCAAGGCCUCGAUGCAGUUUGUGGACUACAAUAAACGCCAGAUGAGCCGAGUGUACCCCAAGGGUACACGCAUGGACUCUUCCAACUACAUGCCCCAGAUGUUCUGGAAUGCUGGGUGCCAGAUGGUUGCCCUCAAUUUCCAAACAAUGGACCUGCCAAUGCAGCAGAACAUGGCACUGUUUGAGUUCAACGGACAGAGUGGAUACCUCCUGAAGCAUGAGUUCAUGCGCAGGCUGGACAAGCAGUUCAACCCCUUCUCGGUGGACCGCAUUGAUGUGGUGGUAGCCACCACCCUUUCCAUUACGGUGAUCUCUGGGCAGUUCCUGUCAGAGCGCAGUGUUCGUACCUAUGUGGAAGUGGAAAUAUUUGGCCUCCCAGGGGACCCCAAGAGGCGCUAUCGCACCAAGCUGUCACCUACUACUAACUCCAUCAAUCCUGUCUGGAAAGAGGAGCCCUUUGUCUUUGAGAAGAUCUUGCUGCCUGAACUGGCCUCCCUUAGAAUAGCUGUGAUGGAAGAAGGGAACAGAUUUCUUGGACACCGAAUCAUCCCUAUCAAUGCCUUGCGUUCUGGAUACCACCACUUGUGCCUGCGCAGUGAGAGCAACAUGCCUCUUACCAUGCCCGCCCUCUUUGUCUUCCUGGAGAUGAAGGACUAUGUGCCCGACACAUGGGCAGAUCUGACUGUGGCUCUCGCCAACCCCAUCAAGUACUUCAAUGCCCACGAUAAGAAGUCUAUGAAGCUCAAGGAGGUGACAGGAAGUCUGCCUGAGGCUGUCUUCACCCAGAAGCCCUUCUCAUCCGUGAUUCCUGUUGCCAGACAGUCCAAUGGGGCUUCAGUCCUGGCCGGCAACGGGUCGACAGCACCUGGGGCCAAGGCCAAGGAGGAAGCUACCAAAGAAGUGGCAGAGCCACAGACAGCCAGCUUGGAGGAGCUGCAGGAACUAAAGGGCGUGGUGAAGUUGCAGCGGAGACAUGAGAAGGAGCUUCGAGAGUUGGAGCGGCGUGGAGCCCGGCGCUGGGAGGAGCUGCUGCAGCGUGGCACCGCACAGCUGGCGGAACUUGGUGCUCCAGGAGCUGCCUGCAAGAUCCGCCCGGGCAAGGGUUCCCGCAAGAAGAGGAUCCAGCCUUGUGAGGAGACUGUCGUGGUGGCGCCUAGCGAGCUUCCCGAGGCUGCGGACCCGCGCGUGCAGGAACUGAAGGACAGGCUGGAGCAGGAGCUGCAGCAGCAGGCCGAGGAGCAGUACCGCUCCGUCCUCAAGCGCAAGGAACAGCACGUGACCGAGCAAAUCGCCAAGAUGAUGGAGCUAGCCAGAGAGAAACAGGCUGCUGAACUCAAGACCUUCAAGGAGACCUCAGAACUUGACACCAAAGAGGUGAAGAAAAGACUGGAGGCCAAGAGGCUGGAACGGAUCCAGGCCAUGACCAAAGUCACCACAGACAAGGCGGCCCAAGAGAGGCUCAAGAGAGAGAUUAACAGCUCCCACAUCCAGGAAGUGGUACAGGCUAUCAAGCAGAUGACAGAGACCCUGGAGCGGCACCAGGAAAAGCUGGAAGGGAAGCAGACGGCCUGCCUGGAGAGGAUCCGGGAGCUGGAAAAGCAGUUCCAGGAGGAGGCGCUGGCCGAGUACGAGGCCAGGAUGAAGGGCCUGGAGACUGAAGUAAAGGAAUCAGUGAGGGCCUGCUUCAAGGCCUGCUUCCCCUCUGAAACAGAGGACCAGCCUGAGAGGGCCUGUGAGGCCUCCAAGGAGUUGUGUCCACAGGAACCACUCAUGAACAAAGCAGACACCCAGGAGAGCCGCCUCUGAUGCCACCACCUCACUCAGACAUUUUAGCAAGGAUGUCCACACCCUUCUCUGAAACAUGGUUCUAUUCCUUUGAAGAAAAGGACCCUAAUUAAUACUCAGGGGGCCAUGGGAACCUGUGGCUACCAUGGAUGCUGCAGCCCCCUUCUCAUCCAGAUGAAGGCAGGAAGAACAGACCACCAGGACAAAGAGCCCACUUGGAAGCCAAGUCUUUUUCUAAGGUGGCUUUUUCUGUCCAUCCCACCCAUAGUGCUAUGUACCCAUUGAAGGCCAAGAAGUCUGGGCCAAGAGAGAAAGAAUUGGAUCCUAGUGUACCGCCAAUCACUCCCCGCCUGGAGCUCAUUUUCCUUUCCUGGAGGCGUGGCUUUACUCUCUGGAGUCUUUACUCUUGGACCUGUGGCUCCAGCAGAAUCCAAUCCAAGCCUCCUGCCUUGAUGUAGCACCCUGCACAGGCUUCUAGGCCACAUCUCGGGCCUGUCUUGAGAGCAGAGUGUUGCCAGCUCCUGAAGGCCGAGGCUGGCGCUGCCUCGAAGCUCUCUGGGGGUGGCUACUUCCAGGGUGGCAGCAAAAGCCCCUGCCCGCACCUCCUGCCUAUGACAGCUCCUCAGCUGCUCAAACACUGGAGUGACGAAGGAGACUCUAGCUUCUCGGGUGCUCUCUCUCCCACCUCUGAUCCUGGGUCCACCCUUUUUUCUGGGUCUCAGUCUGGCACUUCCAUUCCGGCACCCCACCCCUAUCAGGUGGGUUGUUUGAGGGGUUCAUCAUCAUUUCCUUUCCUGGAUUGAUGUGGUUUAUUUAUUUUUCUCCUUCCUCUGCCUACCAAAGACCCCUGACCUGAAAUUUCCUGCCUUAGGCUGGCCUCUGUUCUCCCUUAGGAGAAGUAGGCAGGGGAGUGGAAGGCCUUUUGGAAUGAAGCUGGGUGAAAGGGGAUGGGGGUGGGUCCCUCAGGAGCCUUCUAGGGCCCUGUACAAUGGCCUUGCCUCUGGCUUUAAACAGGAGUUGCUUCCCCAUCUGCUGGCCCUGCUGCCAGAACCAUUGGGGGAUGAUGUCACUUCCCCCUUCUCUGCUCUCACACAGAUGCGGCCCUUCCUUGUCUCUACUCUCAGGGCCGGAGCAGAAGACACCUGUACAAAAGUGCACCCCACCCUCUUCGUAACCCCAAACCAUUAGGCUGUCUGGGCCUCUUUAAGAAGAGUGAACACAUGCUCACAGUGGGGGGGAUCUGCUGUUGCUGUGGUUGACUCCAGCUCUUGCUGAAGGCAGGGCUGUGGCCACUAUUCACAACACCUACAGCUCCAUCCCAAAUCCCAGAUGGGACUGGUAGGGUGGGGUGAUUCUGGGAAGAGGUUGUUUUCUUAUCAGAGAGUUACAACAGGUGUCAUUAACUGUGAGCACCUGUGCCUUUGGAAAAUGAACAGGGACGCCCUCCCCCGUCCCUCUCAGGGCCUGACCUCAGGGGUCCCUACCAGUCCCUGACUACAGGGCAAAGUUAAAGCGUGUUCAUUUAUACUGCUAAAGCCUGGCAUCUGCCGGCCAGCCUCCCUGUUGUAGCCACAUUGGAUACCCCCAGGGUGGCAUCUACACCCCAGAGCAAUGCCCUGACCUCAACCCACGGCCAGAAGUCUUAUUUUUUUUCCCCAUUUCCGUCUACCUCCUGGGGUUAGAACUCUGUGGGGGUGAGGAUCCAGACUGAGGGGACCUCAGCGAGUCAGGUCCAUGGGUAUCCAUCACAGCCAGCAUAGCCCACUGGGCAACAGCCACAGUCACUACCCAUGACACCACAGGUUCCUCUUGCCAGGCCAGGGUUGAACUGAGCAGCCCAGGAAUGGGAAGGGAGUACAUUCCUGCCUUCUGAAGCGUCCUCUGAAUGACUUCUCAAGCAGUCUGGAUACCCACUUGCCUGUUUUCAGUCUGAUGCCAAAAGGGCUGCUUCCCCCCCCCCCCCGGGGCUGUCUUUAGGACCUGGGGAGAAGUUAUUCUCUGGCCACGGGGGAACGUGCAGAGGAAGAGUUGAUGCUCUCCCUUGGGCACUGGGCGCUGGGCAGGUGAAAGCCACCUGGGUUCCAUCCCUGUUGUGCCAUAAGGCCAGGGCCAGGUUCCCUCUUCAUCAUGAUUCCCAUUUACCUUUUGCAUGGAGAAGGGUCCUCACCCCUUAGCAGUCCCGUGGCUGACUCAGUACCAGAUCCUCUGCUGACUCACACCCCCUACCCCCCCCCAGCUCUCUGCAGCUCCCAGGCACGUGCCACUAGGCUCAACCCCGAGGAGCGAGCUGGCGCAAUGUGACAGGGUGAGGGGGCUGCUGACACUUGAGGGGGAAAGGAGGGGGCGGGGAGGGGCAGUUACAGACAGACAGACUUGCAGUCUGAGGCACCUCUGGGAGGAAGCCCUUUUGCCAGCCUGGGGCCUGCAGGGGGAGAAGCUGGGCAGGUGGGAGGGGAGGAAUGUGAAGUGCCUGCCUGCCCCCUGCCAGCGCCGCUCCUUCCCCUGUCAGCCUUCAGCUCCCUAAGCGACAGCUUCUAAUUCCGGCUGUCGGUGCCGCUGUGCUCCAGUGACGUCUCAGAACACAGUGAGCCGAGGGAAGAAAGUCAGAGCAGGGGCUGUGGGGCCUGAGGCCGGGGAUGGCUGCUCUCUGGGAAGUCAGCACAGUCAGAGCGAGGCUCUGAGGGGACUGGAUCAACUAUCUCUCCCCCUCCUCCCUGCCACAGGCGACAGAAGUCCACUGGGAGGAAGGACUUGGCCAACGCCCUCAUCUGGGUUUUUGCUGCUUUUCUCCUCCUAGUGGUUCACAGUCUAAUCUUUCUCCUGAUCUCGGAGGCGGACAGAAGGGAAGAAAGUGUUUUCUUCCGUGACACAGACAGGGGAAACUGAGUCCAAAAGGGAUAAAAAGCCUUCCUUCUGUGGGUAAAGAGGGAGGUGGUGGCGCACGCCUUUAAUCCCAGCACUCGGGAGGCAGAGGCAGGCGGAUCUCUGGGAGUUCGAGACCAGCCUGGUCUACAAGAGCUAGUUCCAGGACAGGCUCCAAAACGAUAUAGAAACCCUGUCUCAAAAAACAAAAAACAAAAAAAAGAGGGAGGAGGUCCCUGUUCCCUUUCUGGCCCCACCUGGUCGUAGGUAGGGCCGACUACCCUCUAGGGAUGCUGUCUGGAACACUGGCUCCUGGGCCUUGAGUGGAGCGGGCUGAGCUCUCAGUCUUCACUUCCUCUUACAGAUGAGGAUCUGCAGGCCCGGAGUGACACACUGCUAGUACACGCCACAGGCUGAGACCUAGCUCUCCUGCCAAGAAGUGCGUGGGGGCUCAUUUCACAGGGUGUGCAGUUCGCACAUGCUCCCCAAAGGGCAAAGGAGAGUGUGAGUCCCUGUUCUACAAUCUAGCCCAGGGUGGGCAUCCCUGGAGUUGGGAGCUCUGGAAAGCACAGGGGCUCCCGGGGUGGGGGGCUUCUAUCCUUUCUCCAGCAGCAAGAGUCCUCCUUAGAAUCCUGUGCCUCAGGAGUCUCCUACAAAGCAUAUUUAUUCCCGCCCUGCCCAAGCUGGGGACCCCUCAGUUCUUCACUGAGUCUCUUGUCCCUUACAGCAUAGGACCCCUAAACACAACCCUCAACACUGUUCUCUGCCGUUGUCCCUGUCUGGUGCCCUUGUCUCUGUAACCCCUCUGUUUGGACUAUCUUCCUAUUGCUUAGUAGCCCAACAUCGCUCGUCCUUGGAGGCCCAACCACCUCAGCUGCUGUCUUCAGAAGACCCCAGUUCCCUCUCUCCCAUAAUCCUACUCUUCCUUCUGCUGGCUGCCUGAGUUUUGUAUUUGGCAGGUGUAGUCAGUCCUUGGGUAACACCCUCCCCUUGUCAUAUCCUGGGGUUUGUCUUCCUGACUGAGAAUGCGAAUCUCAUUCAUUCAGGAUCCAGUUUGUGCAUCUGUAUUUCCUGUUGCUGGAAACACAA